CGGCUUCCGCCUGCCCCGCGCCGCGGCCGGAAGCGCUCGGGCCGCGCGGGGCCGGGCUCCGCUCGGAGCUCGGAGCUCGGAGCUCGGAGCUCGGGGCCGGGCUCCGCUCGGAGCUCGGAGCUGCUCGCUCGGGGCCGGGCUCCGCUCUCUCGGUGCCUCUCGCUCGGGGCCGGGCUCCGCUCGGAGCUCGGAGCUGCUCGCUCGGGGCCGGGCUCCGCUCGGAGCUCGGAGCUGCUCGCUCGGGGCCGGGCUCCGCUCUCUCGGUGCCUCUCGCUCGGGGCCGGGCUCCGCUCGGAGCUCGGAGCUGCUCGCUCGGGGCCGGGCUCCGCUCGGAGCUCGGAGCUGCUCGCUCGGGGCCGGGCUCCGCUCUCUCGGUGCCUCUCGCUCGGGGCCGGGCUCCCUCUCCGGCCCGCCGGCGAUGCCGGCCCCGGGCUGAGCCCCCGCCCGGCCAUGCUGCCCUGCGGGGCCGUGCCCUGGCGCAGGCUGCUCAGGAAGCGAUGGGUCCUCGGCAUCGUCCUCGGGCUCUCGCUCGUGUAUUUCAUCACCAGCACCUUCAAGCAGGAGGAGAGGAUGGUGAGAGAUCGGAAUCUGCUCCAAGUGCAGGAGCACGAGCAGCCCAUCCUCUGGAAGGUGAAGUUCAGCUCGGGGAACAGCAGCCAGCUGAGCAACCAGUGCAGGAACUCUGUGCAGGGGAAGCUGCUCAUUACAGAUGAACUGGGCUACAUCUGUGAGAGGAAGGACCUGCAGGUGAAUGGCUGCUGCAAUGGGAAUGUGGCCAGCACAAAGCUGUACAGCUGUGACAGCUGCCUGCCCAAUGGCUGCUGCAGCAUCUAUGAGUACUGUGUGUCCUGCUGCCUGCAGCCCAGCAAGCAACACCUCCUGGAGCGGUUCCUGAACCGGGCAGCCAUCGCUUUCCAAAACCUCUUCAUGGCAGUGGAAGAUCACUUUGAGCUGUGUCUGGCCAAGUGUAGGACUUCAUCACAGAGUGUGCAGCACGAGAACACCUACAGAGACCCAAUUGCCAAAUACUGCUAUGGAGAAUAUCCCCCAGAGCUCCUGCCUGUUUGAGAGCUGCAGAUCUGAGCAGCAGAAGGAAGGAACUGGAGACUCAGAUCCACAAGAACAAGACAGCAGCUGUUGCUUUGCCAAGGCCUCAGUGUCAAAAGCUUGUCUUGUAUGUGGGAGCAAACCCAGAGGUGAAGAGAGAAAGUAAGGAACUUAAGUUCUUCAGGACUGAAUCUUGCUUUCUUCAAUUUCUUAUGCACCUGCUGGCACUGUGCUGAUGUGCCAGUGCAUUCUUUAAAUAUUCCUCUAAAUUUCAGGAAUCAUGGAGUCAGUCUAGGCUAUAGAAUAUCAAGGGAAAAAUAUCUAACAUGGCUUUGCAGCUGUAAAUGGAGGUUCAGUUGUGUCUCUGCAGUCUAGAGACUUUCCAGAGUUACUAUUCCUUUCAGAGAGCAAAGCAUCCCUGCUGUGCUGCUCUCUCUGAAACUCUUCUUGGCAUGCAUGGUGUACACUACAUAUGUAAUUAUGAAUUAUUCAUCCAUUUUAUGUGGGUCUCUGGCUGAAAGUAUGGAUGCUUUGCAUAGCUAGUUGUGGAUGCCUCUCAGUCCCUGCUUUGCUGUGUCAGCUAGAAGGGAUAUUUUAGAUCUUGACUAAAUUGGUAGGGUUUAUUUUUCCUCCUUAGUCUAAAGGAAUUGUAUUGGGAUUUGUCACUAUAGUACUUAUGUUCCUCUUAGUGAGUUUAAACCAUUCAGAACUCCAAUGGAGUUGUGCUGCCAAAGUCCCAUAGCACAAGAGAAGAGCAGGGAUCUGCCUAGGAUGGGAUGUUUAUUGUCUGUGAACACUUUCCUUGUUCCUCUGCAGCAGUUUCCUCAAAGAGGAAUCCAGAUUUGUGAGCAGCUCUCUGCUGUCCACUCGCUGACAGGGAGCAGGGAAGAUUUGUUUGCUUGAACUUGUUCAGGCCUUGCUGUUUCAGAUGUACUUCACUCCUGGUUGUGCAGGAGGCAGAAGGGUGAGUUGGUGUCUCCACAGCACCCAGAGCUGCCCGUGCCUUCCCACGAGGAGGCAGGAGGGGGCUGACCCUGUUCCAACUCCUGGGCAUUUCUGGCAGAUCCUGAAAUGUUUUCCAUCUGCGUCUCAGGAAGCAAACAGCACAGCUUCCUUCCAGCCCGUGGAGCCCCCUUACACCAAAUUCAACCUUUUACAAGCAGGACUCAGUUACAUGAAGACAAGAAUUCAUUGUCCCACGCUUGCUUUACUCAAUGCAGUGGCCAGCUCCUGCCGCUGUACCUCAGGCAGUGGGGGAAGGAAGAGGGUGACAUGCGGCCGGGAGUUCAGAAUAAAAGAAGGCUGCGUCCGCCGAAAUCUCGAGAGAGACCCACGGGGGUAUGGCGUAAAGCUCUCUGUCACGUUAUUCGAAUAAAGUUGCAGGAGUCCUCUGUC